AUGACGAGCGACGAGGCAAUAACUGAUUCAUCCAGAAGUUUGCACAGUUCACACUCUGAGCGAGCUCGAUUCGGCAGCGAUUCUGGUCUCAGGAUGAUGUUUUCGUUCACAGUGAUGACGAACGAAAGAGAGGAAGGGAGAAAGGGAGAGGACAGAGGGAAGGAAAGAGAGGAUUGGGGCGAGAGAGGGCCGCCACCGGCGUCGAGUGUGCUUAACACUCUGUAUAUUGUGCACUAA